AUGGCCAAAGUAUUCAAGAUCGUCCCGACGACACAGAAGUACGACUGGGGGAAGAUCGGGCUGUCGUCCAAGGUCGCACAGUAUGCUGCAGCCUCGAAGAUUCCCGGAUUUACGCUGGAUGAGAAAGCCCCCUAUGCGGAGUUGUGGAUGGGGACACACCCUAGCGGCCCCUCUCGCCUGCUCGCGUCUGAUACCAACGAGACACUCGCCCACUACCUCGCCGCUAACCCAGAGCUGAUUGGUGGCACUGUCAUCGAGCGAUUCCGAGAUGCGGGCGCGGCGGAGGGCAACAUCCCGUUCCUGUUAAAGGUGCUCGCCAUCGGGAAAGCGCUGAGCAUUCAGACGCACCCUGACAAGAAGAUGGCUGAGGAAUUGCACAGGGAACGGCCCGAUGUGUACAAAGACGCGAACCACAAGCCGGAGAUGGCGCUAGCUCUCACCCCCUUCACCGCAAUGUGCGGAUUCCUGCCCCUUCAGAAAACUGCGACAUAUCUCUUGUCUACGCCGGAGUUCGCAGCGCUCAUUCCACAGGCGACCGUUGACAAAUUCCUCUCCGUCGCAUCUUCGUCAAACCCCACCGGACCCUGUGAGAAGGCUGCAUUGCGAGACGUAUUCUCCGCUGUAAUGACCGCAACAGAGGUCGAGUUCCAGGCGCAGUUGGCGAAGCUCGUGCAGCGGUACGAAGCUGGUAGGGCACUGCCAGCGGAGAGCGGCGUAAAGGAUCUCGUUUUGCGGCUGAACAGCCAGUUUCCCGGGGAUAUUGGCGUGUUCUGCGCAUUCAUGCUCAACCACGUGAGCAUGAAUCCCGGCGACGCGAUCUUCCUCGCGGCAGGAGAACCCCACGCAUAUGUGUCCGGUGACAUCGUCGAGUGCAUGGCGACGUCCGACAAUGUCAUCCGCGCGGGGUUGACCCCCAAGCUAAGGGACAUCCCAAACCUGGUGUCCGGCCUGACAUAUCGCGCGGCGGACGCGAGCCGGCACCUCGUCAAGCCCGCGUCCUUCGACAAUACCACACAUACCACGCUCUACGAUCCGCCGAUCCCCGAAUUUUCUGUCCUGCGCGUCGUGCUCCCCACUGGUGCGGCAGAAGCGCACCGCGCGAUCGAUGGCCCGAGCAUCGCUAUCGUCACUGAGGGUGCCGGUGAGGUCGAGUCGGACGGCCAGCGCGUCCAGGUCGCGGAGGGCGACGUGCUGUUCGUCGCUGCAGGGGCUGAGGCGCAGAUUAUAGCGGGUGCGAAUGGACUGGUUGCCUAUCGGGCGUUCGUCGAAGUGAAGUAA